CAAAGAUGGGAGAACACAUGCACCAACCAACUUCACUGGCAGAGGUGAAUGCCGUCAUGCCAUUUGGGUGCCUUGCCCUGCGAGAUGGGCGGAAUUACAAUAGCAUAUCUGAUGUCACAGACAAAUAUGAGAUUGGACAGGUCCUCCGAGCGAAGGAGUUCUGCGAGCUGUGCCUGGCUAAAGACCGACAGACAGACAAGGUUUUUGUCUGCAAGAAGUUCCUCAAGAAAGACGGCAGGAAAGUCCGCAAGGCUGCCAAGAACGAAAUCAUGAUCCUAAAAUUGGUCAACCACCCAAACAUCCUUCAGCUGAUAGACACAUUCGAGACCCGGAAAGAGUACUUCAUCAUCCAGGAACUUGCCACAGGAGGAGAUGUAUUCGAUUGGAUUCUGGACCAAGGGAAUUACACAGAAAGAGACGCCUCCAAUGUCAUCAGACAAGUCCUCGAGGCUGUGGCGUACUUACACUCCCUCAACAUAGUUCACAGGAACUUGAAGCUGGAAAACCUGAUGUACUACACAGAAAACAACCACAACAAAGUAGUUCUGCGAGAUUUCUACCUGUCCAGGUUUGAGAACGGACCCAUCACAGAGCCUUGUGGAACACCAGAAUACCUGGCUCCUGAAGUGGUGGCUCGUCACCGAUAUGGUCGCCCUGUGGACUGCUGGGCUGUUGGUGUCAUUAUGUUCAUACUCUUAUCAGGUAACCCUCCUUUUUAUGACGAGACAGAGGAGGAGAACACAGAUCUACAUAAUCGCAUCAUCUUCUGUCGCAUUGUUGCUGGUGACUUUGAGUUUGACUCUCCAUACUGGGAUGACAUUUCACCUGCAGCUAAGGAGCUUGUCUGUCGACUCAUGGAGGUGGACCAGAUGCUGAGAAUCACUGCACAGGAUGCACUUUGGCAUGAAUGGAUUGCGGGGAAUGGUGCAUCAGAGAAGAACCUAAAGGAUGGUGUGUGCGCCCAGUUUGAGAAGAACUUUGCAAAGGCCAAAUGGCGGAAAGCGAUCCGUGUCACCACCUUCAUGCAACGACUGAAGAAUUCAGAGGCACUGAAUGACAAUUCAGCCGAAGUUCAGGGCAGUGAGGAGGCAGGAAAUGGUGAAGGGGGGGUAUCCCAGGGGACAAGUGAUGAGGGAGACAAAGGGACCAGUGAUGAAGGGGUGACGUCAAGUAGUGUUUAUUUAGAAGUUACUGUUGAGAAUACACCGGCAGGUAUGGAGAAGGAUAUGGGGAGAAGUAAGGUCGGAGAAAAACAGGAUGAGGUAAACUUGAGCAUAGGCCCAUCUGUAGGAACAUCCCCAUCAGAUAUUCAGGAGACCCUCUGUCAGCAAAGCCAAUCGGAUGCAGCCCCCAAAGUCACACAGGAGCAGCCUGAUAAGAUUGGUGCAAAGAAGGCAACCGGUGAUGGAACCAGGAAAAUGGCUGCCAAUUUUGGUCAAAGUAAAGUUGUCCCAGAAUCCAAACCGACCCCUGUGAUGACACCUGAGCCCUCCAAGCUGUCAGAGGGUUCUUCAGGCACCAACCUUGACAAAAAACACACAUCCACCUCCGCUGAUCCCAGCAGUGUAAGCAAACGUAAGCUGGCUGCAACACUCCAUGGCCCUCCACCCACAGGCUCUGCUGCUGCAACAGCCUCACCAGAGAAGAGGCCAGGAACGCAGAGGGAGCAGAAGGAUGAGACUGACGGAAGCUGGUGUCAGACACAGGUACCUGAGGCAGUGGCAGAGAGAUCAGUGGCAACAUCAGUAACUUCAGCAAUCGGGCCUGGAGUUGGGGUGGAUGUAGGACUAGGAGUUAGGUUAAGGGGUGAUUCGAGCCCUGUGGGCAGAAGGGAGAGGGAUGCCAGGAGAACCGAUAGAUAUAGCGAUGAGUUUAGCAUAGCAAGGGCAGGUCCUGUGACAGGACAGGGUUGUUACACAGUAGGCAGCUCCGCUAGUUUGGGCCGUCAUGCCGCACCAUACAACCCAGAAGUUGGGACUGUAGGGAUGGGGAUGGCAGGGAGCUAUGGUAGUCCAUACAGUUCCCUGUAUACAAGUGGAGGAGGGAUAGGGAUGUACGGGACUGGGCUACAGCAUGGAGGAGGCGGGAGCAGCACCACAAGCGACUGGCAAAUGGACAGUGUGAUCGAGCAGAUAGAAAAGCAAAUGGCCGCCGUGCUGGAGAAGAUUGAGGGAGACAUGCCCUCGCUGCUAGAGCAAAUCAGUGACUGUCCCACAGAACCACCACGUGCCCGGAGCACGCACGCCUCGCCUGCCACCUCCCGCACACGCUCCUCACAACACCCCUCGACCCCACCCUCGUCCACUCCUCCCCCUCUUCCGACCUCUCCCAGGCCUGCGCUGCCGUCUCUCCCUCGCCUUACUAUCCCUCCUCCCUCCUAUCCCCCACCCUCCCCACCUACACAAUCCUCACCCCAGGCUGCAGGAGAGCAGGAAGACAGGGAUGGACAGAGAGAUGUUUCUCGUUCAAGCCAGUCCCCAAGAGCUGGGAUGGGCAGGGGGCUAUGAAGCAGGUGUACAUGAUACAAUACACAACACUGGACAUUGGAUUGAACAUUAGAUUUAUGGUUUAAACUUGACGGUUUAAAGACUCACCUGUCUCACCCAGAAGUAUCAUUCACUGGCUCCCAAGAAUAAAAGUAACAAUGGAGUGUUUUAUGGUUUGGCUGUGUGCUCACUGGAAAUAAAGAGAAAUCUCCCUAUGGCAUUCAAAUACUCUCAUGGCUGGAGUGUACUGGGAAUAGUGUACUGUAUCUCUCUGUAUGACAGCUGCAAGGAGAAAAAUCUCAAAAGUUUGAAUGUCAAAUCCAGAUUAUGUGCAUGAAUGCUCUCCACACAACCUCCUCGUACUGGAAUCCAAGCACUCAACACAGUUUGCAAAUUAUGAAUCUACACAAUUAACGGCUGAUGUUAAGUGUUAAGUGUGACUUGUUAAUUCCCUACAAACUGUAAAUACAUACAAAGAACUGGGUUCCUAAUUCUUGCUCUAAUCCAAUGUUGUAAACUUCCUCAUAUCCAAACUGGCAUUUACUUUUGUCAAAUCUGCUCAUUCCGUUUCAUUGUUUUUCAUUCCUUUUUAUUUAUGUAGCUAUUCAUUCUCUGGUGAGGCUGAAUCAUGAGCUUGCAGUCACACAGUUGUACAAAAAUAUGUUAAACUGAACUGAUUAAGCCUUUCCAAUGGCUGCUGGAGAUCGAGAUUUGUUUUAUUAAAUGAUGUAUUUAAACUUGAACUGUCACUCAAAGUCUUGUGUUGAUCACCUGUUGGAGAACUAGGGUAAAUCUUUAAGUGCAACAAUAUUGUAUAAAGGCUUUGCAAUAACACACACAUAUCCUGUUCUUUUCUUUCAAAGUUCUCCAAAGGUUUUGCCCAGAAAGUUUGUAUUCAUUUUUCUCCAGUUUUUUUUGACAUAUAACAUUUGGUACUGUUAAUUGGACAGUACUGUCUAUAUUUGCUCCUUUUUAUCAUGUAAAAAAUAUCUUUCUGAAUUUUGUUCUUUUGGAUCUGUGUAAUACCAGGAUAUGUGUUUUUCUCCUGAACAAAUCUAGACAUCCCCUAAUCUGUUCCUAUGUACACUGUGCUCUGUCCACAAGUCUUUCAAUAAAACUACAAAAUGAAACUAGA